AACACAGGAGCCAAUACGAAACAACUUGAACCAGUCUGUUCUGUCAGUGAUUUCUCUUUUCAGACGAAGCUGAUUGCUACUGCUCAUUCAUAGGUGAGUUUUCAUGUCAGUGGUCUACUGACCUCUUUCUGUCGAUGGAAGCCGAUCUGUCCCACGUCCAUGUCUCCGGUUUUCUUCAGGUUGGCCCACGGUGAGGUUUGUGAAAAUGAUGCCGACUACUACAAGGAAGAGAAAGCUCCCCUCUUUGGAUUCAGACAGUCACCCGGCCAAGAAAGGGGUGAGGGAGGAGACGUCCCCUGUGAAGAGGAGAUCUCCCAGGAAGAAACCAGCCGGGCGUCUGGGCAAGGAGAUGUAUCCCUCACCACAGAAAUCCCCACGCAGAGCAGCAGGCUCUCCAGCCAAAUCACCCCGUAAAUGUUCUCCAUUCAAACCUGCCGUGGUUACAAGCUCCUUCUAUGGCAAGAAGAAGCCCAUCUAUCUCACUCCACUAGAGAGGAAGGCGAUAAAGGAGUCUCGGCCUUCUCCUCCUCUCCCGUUGCCUCCCUCCCAGGCGAAAAAGCCAGAGAAGAAGAAUAAGAAGAACGUUAAAGGAGGCAGCAAGCCGAGAAAAGUGGCUGCAGGAUCCAGUCAUGCAGGGAAGAUGGGCUUCAAAAGCUUCAAUACAUCUACAAAGGCGAUUAAGCUGUCCAAACUUAACAGCAGUGCCACUGCUAAACCAGCAUCCACUACAGCCGCUGUUCCCACCAACAACAAGCCGACAGAGUCCAAGAAGGCAAUCACCAUCACUUUCAGCAGCUUGAAGCCCAAGCCCAAGAUCUUUGUUGGAGCUGCUUUCUUUGGUACGGGGAAGAAGCCCACCUCCAUGUACAAAAAGUCUGCACCAAAGUCCUCAACCCGGCCAGCUGUAGUUCAGGUGAAAAGCAAAGCUGUCCUGCCACCGGCCAAGACUGAGAAAACAACACAGCAGCAGCAGCAGCAGCAGCAGCAGCCCACUGAGGUGAUGAAGCCGCAGCAGAAACAUCCUGAGGAGGCUGCUGCCCAGCCAGUCAAGAGAGAAGAGAACCAACAGAGCACCAAGCAGAGAGUGAAGUAUGAUCCAACAGACUGGUUGGACGCUGUUUAUGACCUGCCAGAAACUCCAAAACCACUCAGCUCUCCGAAAGUCUUGUCAGAGAAAUAUGGGAUUACCAAGGAGCUGACGAUUGUGCUGACCAGGACCCCGACACCAAGUCCUGCAACCACAGCCUUAACCUUCAGCACUCAAGUACAGCAGGUUGAUGAUUCUCUGACAGAUGGAGGCUCUCAGCCCGUCUUUGACCUCAGUGAUAUAUGUCCUGUCGGCGCUGCCUCCACCUCACCCAAAGAAUCUGCAGCGGUGUAUCCCAUCUUUGGUUCUGCCUCCAAAAGGUCAAAGAAUGCGGCUGUACGGCCUCCAGUGUCCUGCAGCACCCCCGCUGGCCCCAUGACGACACUGCAGACUCCUUCAUCUUCAGCAAAAGAGCGAACUGUUCGCAGGAGGAAAGAGAAACAGGAUGACGACCAGCUCAUUAUUGACGCUGGUCAGAAGCAGUUUGGUGCGACCACCUGCAGCUCAUGUGGGAUGGUGUACAGUGCAGACAAUCCAGAAGACAAUUUCCAACACACCCAGUUCCACCAGCGCUUCCUCGACUCCAUCAAAUUUGUGGGCUGGAAGAAGGAGCGGGUGGUGGCCGAGUUCUGGGAUGGAAAAAUCCUCAUGGUCAUGCCAGAUGAUCCCAAAUACGCCGUCAAAAAGGCUGAAGAGGUGCGGCGAGUAGCAGACAACGAGUUGGGUUUCCAGCAGGUGACUCUGAGCAGACCCACACAGGCUAAGACCUUCCUGUUCAUCAACACAGAGCGAAUGGUGGUGGGCUGCCUCGUCGCUGAACCCAUACGACAGGCUUACAGAGUCCUGGAGCAGCCGGAUCGCCACAAAGAUAUGACAAAGGACGACUUCAUGGAGCGACACAGGGCCUGGUGCUGCUCCACUAUCCCAGAACAGGCUCUGUGUGGGAUCAGUCGGAUCUGGGUCUUCAGCCUGGCCAGACGGCAGGGCAUCGCUACCCGCAUGCUGGACACUGUCAGGAACUCCUUCAUGUACGGCAGUCACCUGACUAAGGAGGAAAUCGCCUUCUCUGACCCAACACCUGACGGCAAACAGUUUGCAACCAAGUACUGCAACACACCAACCUUCCUGGUCUACAACUUCAUUGCAUGAAGUCUGGAAACACUUUGACCAAAUAUAUGGGUUAAAGAUACAUCAAUGCAAGAGUUGGCUGAUUUAACUGGCAGGUUGAAAUCUAAGUAUUAUGCAUUGGCAAAUGUCGGUCAUUGGUGCAUCGUUCUUUGAUAUGCUGAGCUGCACCUGUUGAAGUUUUCCCGCUGACUAGACCAGGCUUUAGUUUUAUUGCCAAAUAAGCUUCAGUUGUAAACAAUACAUCGAUUAAGUAGGUCUAGAGAUUUUUUAAUGUUCAUGACCUUUUAUUUAUACUCAGAUGUUUAUAUCAGAGGUGACUGAAUAUUUCCCAGUUCUGAAAACACCGUCACAAGUUGCUCUGAUUAAUCUUGUAUUGGAGUAUUUUGUUGGGAUUAUUGUCUUUUGAAUCUUGUGUUCAAGUUAAUACCAACAAAUGAAACUGGAAGCCUCUUUGAUGAUACAUGUUCAUCUUAAUUGUUCAGAUUUUUUUCUCUGUUGCUUUUCAGCUCCAGGUUUUCUGGACACUUUAGAAGGAAAAUAUGUUGAUAGACGCUGACCUGUUGAAAGGUGGACGCCAUCAUUGUUUGGGUGCAUUCUACUUUGUAAAUAGAUUUAAUAAACAUAUUGCCUUUGUUUUAUGAA